AGGUUACUGCGCCUCGAAUAUGGAAUUAGACUGAAGGAAGAAUGCACGAAAAUGUCGAGCUCGGCGAGUGAGCCAAUAUAUGCCCUUCAAGAGGUCCUUGGGAAGGGCAAAGGACUCGUCGCCAUACGAAAGAUCCAUAGGGGUAUACGCAUCCUCUCCGAAGAGCCCAUUGUCAGAGUGCCCGAAGCUGUACUUGACAGCCAGACCCUUCCAGUAUCCAUACGCAGGCAAGUCGAUGCACUCACCGCGGACCAACGACAAGCCUUCCUCUCUAUGUAUAACAUUUAUGCCGACGAUCCUGGCUCGCGGUACCUUGGAAUCAUCCGAACGAACGCUCUCCCCUUUGGGGACAAUGUAAGGGAAGGGGGUAUCUUCCUUAAUACAUGUCGUAUUAAUUAUACCUGUGAUAAUAACGCCCAGAAGAGCUGGAACGAUAGUAUCAAGCGGUAUACCGUCCAUGCAUUGCGAGAUAUCGAGAAAGGUGAGGAGAUUACAAUUUACUACCUCGGAGUCCUUAAUAGCCGCAAAGACCGCCAAGAAGCUCUUCGAAGAAAAUUUGCGUUUACCUGCUCGUAUCGUCUUUGCUCCUUGCCGCCAGAUCAGAGUCAAGAAAGCAAUAGAAGGCUGGAUGAGAUCCUUAAGCUGGAUAGUCUCAUCGGGGGAGAUGGCUUGAUGGGGAUCUUGGCAUUCCUCGACGCCGCACAAAUCGCUAUCGCCAAUGGAGACCUCGCCAGGGUACGAAUUUUUGUUAAGCGGGCGGUACUUGGAUGGAUUAUCCUCGAAGGCGACGACAGCCCUAACGUACUCCAAUACAAGGCCCUGACGCAGGAUCCCUCGAAGUACGAGUUAUAUGGGAUAUUGAUAAAGUGGAAGACUGCCGUGGAUGAUAUUCCUCAAGGACUUGACCCGAAAGAGUUAGAUGACUGGUUAUGGAGGAGGGAGAAGCCAAAACGACCCGGCCAGCCGGCAGACUUUCGUAACCGGGCAACGUUCCCGGGUUUCGAUGACUUACCAGACGAGAACGACGUUAGUCCCGAGUUCUAUACAAGCAGUGACGGGUUUACGUACCGACCACGGCGGCAUUGGUUGUUCCUGGCCGAGAUUGUCGACUUCCGUACAUUGGUUCGUCUGCAGAUGGACAUUAAGGAUAUUGACGGCAGGACGAUCCCGCUGUCCUUCCGAACUGUCUCCGGACAGUGCGAAUUGAAAGUCUGA